GGACUGUGGCUCAGAAUGAAAGAGUGGUGGAUCCAAGUCGGUUUGCUGAUGCUGCCCCUGCUUGCCGUUUACCUCCACAUCCCGCCUCCCAAGCUGUCUCCGGCCCUGCAUUCCUGGCGCUCUUCAGGGAGCUUCUUCACCUACAAAACCCAGAACAUCUUUUUCAGAGAUUCGCCCGGCGCUGUCGGGAGUUCGGACGUUGUGGUCCUGUUGCACGGAUUUCCGACCUCGAGUUAUGACUGGUACAAGAUCUGGGAAGGGCUCACGCAACGAUUUCAUCGUGUGAUUGCGCUGGAUUUUGUGGGGUUUGGCUUCAGCGACAAGCCCGUGAGUACAUUUCGAAGGACAUUCCACAAUCUUAAUUUCCUUUCUUUCCCCAAAUAUUGUCCGAAUACCAGAGAGGGACUAUACUUCAUGCUUCAUGUAGACGGCAGCGAGAAUUGCAUUGGCGCGAUGUUGGAAAAAUGAGAA